UCUCAGUCUCGCGUCGGGGAGCGAGGAGCGUGCAUUUGGCUGAGAUACAUUUACGCAUCGUUUCUGAAAAAUAGCUCUUUAGCUCAGUAUAAUUUUACCUGGCAAUAUAAAAGUAGUCUAGUUUCCAUUUAUUUUAGUUUCCAUGUAUUUUAUUGAUUUGCUUACCUUUCCUAUACUUUGCACUCAUAUCGUUUAAAAAAGAAAUUGUUGGAACUUUCUUACCCACCCCUACUGGGCGUUUGUGACAAAGAGCGUCGUAGCGUAUUCUUGAUUUAUCCGAGAUAAAUCAAGAUUCGGAUUUUUUCGCGACGUACGUGGCUAACCGUGCUCAUCGGAGGAACGGACUGUGAACUCACCGAGGCUGCAAGCAGGAGCCGUCCAUCGUGAUGAAGUUCCGGCACUUCGCGGCACUCCUGCUCGUGGGCUCGCUGCUGUUCGCCGCUGCCAUCACCGACAUCCCCUGGACCCUGCUUGGCAUGGCCCCCCCAGGCUCCAGCAGACAGAGUGAUGGGAAUCUUGAGCAGCCCCUUAACCGGACCAACUUUGAGCCACCGCUGAGCUCUCCCUGCGGGCCCUCGGCUGUGCUUCUCACGCCUGUGACCGGAGCCCCAGCGCUGCUCGUGUCCGCUUCCUGGGAUGAGCGCGAGGGCCCUGCCCAGGCGCGUCUACUCACCAUCGUCAAGCGGGAGGGUCUGCCCGCGCUUCGCUGCCUCUUCUGCUGCGGCGGCGCAAGUAGCGAGCCGUUCGUGCAUUCGCCAGCGCGUGUGGAGGUGCACAGGCUCCACUUCAACUUCCCCUGGGCCACGGCUGACGUCCUGUGCACCCCACCCAAUGUCAACGCCUGUUCAACUCCCCAAGGGGUCACUCUGGUGCCCGCCGAGAGCCCCGUGCCCAUUUCUAUCCGUGCGCCAGGGCCCAAUUCCUCCUCCUACUCUGAGCUAGCAACGCCCCGGCCCUCCUUCACCCCAUUCUACCGCGGUGCACGGGGACCGUUGGGCCAGGAGAGGAAUUUCACUCACGAGUUUGGCGUCUGCAUCUCGACGCUGUUCGGUGGAUACGACAACGUCCUGCAGUUUGCUCAGGCCGUGGAGCUCUACCGACUCCUGGGUGCUAGCAUUGUCACUGUCUACAACAGCGGCUGUGGGCCCAUGCUUGCCCGCUUGCUGGCGCACUACCAGGCCGCCGGCAUUGUCGAGGUGGUGCCGUGGCCCAUCGGGAUCCACCUGCAGCCCUCCAGUGGCUGGAUGCCGAAUGUGGAUCCGGGCGACGUGCAUUACCACGGCCAAACGGCUGCACUCAAUGACUGCCUAUACCGACGCAUGGACGACACCAGGUACUUGGCGAUGACCGACAUCGACGAAGUAAUCGUCCCACUGCAGCACGAGGACUGGGCAGGGCUCAUGAAGACGCUGACGUCUCGUUACCGUGUGAGCGUCUUCCACUUCAGAAACUACGUGUUCCCUCACUCCGCGCGCAACGCCACCUUGCACGCGACUUAUUCCGCUCGCUGGCGCGGCGUCCCGGGCCACGACAUCCUGACGCACGUGCUGCACGAGCCGGUCACGCCCGACAGCACCAAGAUGAUGUUGGAGGCGAGGCGUGUGGUGCGCGUGUCCGUGCACAGCGUGCUGCGCUCGCUGCAUGGGCAGCAGAUCGUGCCAACGAAUGCUGCGAGAAUGUUCCACUUCCGUAACGCGAUGCGGCCGGAGAUGAGCAAGGAGCAGCUGAGCUAUGAUACAAGACUCUGGCGCUAUAACGCUAGCCUCGUGUCCAACGUGGACGCAGCCCUGAGUGCUGCUGGUUUCUUACGUCUCCCUUGACAUCAAGGUGCAUCAGAUUACACGUGGAUCAGACUUGCACAAAUACGACUAUACAUUCCUCUUCCCGUUUGUAUGUAUAGGCAACUAAACAUUCCAGCUCGUGGAGCCGCCAUGUGUACACGUAACAUUCCAGUGUGGGACUGACCAUUUGUCUCGACACAUCCGUAGUUCCUGAUGCUGCAGCCUUUUCCAACACGUUGUGCCGCUCGGACUGACGCUUUUCUUGUGGGAUGCGCCAACAUUUAUUUUGUGUUCUGGAGGACCGGCAACUCGAGUGAAAGUUUUAACUGGGAUUGGGACCAACUUUGGUGGCAUUUAUAACUUGUGCACCGCUCUUAGAUCAACCAAACGCACGGAAGAACAUCUUGCGGGGCCGUUCAAUACAGAGCCAGGCCUCGCACCUAACACAUUUCGGCAUUAUGGGACGCGGGAGGCAUAGAGGUGGGUCCCAGAAGAAAAACGUGAAAAAAACAUUUUUUAAAAUCAUCUUAAAUAAUGACCCCUAUGUAUAUUUUUAACCGAAACCCCCAACACAAACAGAUAAGGUCACCAUGAAUUAGUCAAUUACAAAGCAGCCUCCCCCAACCGUGUGUAGAAUGGUCGGGAUCAUGAGGCCAUCACGUGCUCUUAGCCAGUGGUUCUUAGCCUUUACUGCAGCCUUGCACCCUUUUGGUGUUCAAUCGUA